CACAGUUCAAGUGUGGACAACUUAUAAUUCUAAUAACACGCGUCGCCCACUGUGAUUAUAAAAUAAAAUUGGCAAUAACUUGUGACUCUAAUGCGAAAACAGAAAAAGAGGUAACUAGAAUGAUGAGGUGGGGAUGCCUUGUUCAAUGAUUGUACUUACUAAUUUGUGGCUCGUGAAAUUUUCAUUGUCAAAUCAUCAUAAAUAAAAUUUCCAUUUUCCUAUCUAUUUAUCAGCAUUCAAACAUUUCAUCGCACCCUGCCAAGAAUCCGUCUAAUUCAGGAAAUCCAUGGCAAACACUGGACCAACUAAACCUUCAAGAUGGUCUCUUUCCGAACAAACAGCUCUUGUCACCGGAGGAACUCGCGGAAUAGGCCGUGCAAUCGUUGAAGAACUAGCUCAAUUCGGCGCCAGAGUCCACACAUUUUCAAGAACAGAGUCAGAACUCAAGGAAAGAUUGCAAGAAUGGAGUUCAAAGGGAUACAGAGUAACGGGUUUUGUCUGUGAUGCAUCCUCAAGAGAGCAGAGGAUUCAGCUCAUGGAAAAAAUCAAUCAGAUCUUCGACGGCAAACUCAACAUCCUGAUAAACAACGUCGGAACAACGUUGUGGAAACCAGCAGAAGAGUGUUCCCUCGAAGAUUACAACACCAUUAUGUCCACAAACCUUGAAUCCGCUUACCAUUUCUCUCAAUUGGCUUAUCCUCUGCUCAAGGCAUCUGGGUCGGGAAACGUGGUGUUCAAUUCUUCGGUGGCGGGUUUUGUGAGCUUGAAUCAUUUGUCAAUUUACUCUGUUACGAAAGGGGCGAUGAAUCAAUUGACCAGGAAUUUGGCUUGUGAAUGGGCGAAAGAUAAUAUCCGGGUCAACGGAGUUGCUCCUUGGUUUAUCAAAACCACCAUAUCUAAAGAAACGGCCGAUGAUCCGGUGUUCUUGGAGAAAUCGAUUUCAAGAACUCCAUUGAGACGCCAUGGAGAACCUGAAGAAGUUUCAUCUUUAGUAGCUUUCCUCUGUCUCCCAGCUGCUUCUUACAUCACUGGCCAAAUUAUAGGUGUAGAUGGAGGAAUGAUGGCCUAUGGUUUCUAACAGGGGAAAUUUUUUCUUUGGUUAGAGACUACUAUCAAAAUAAUGACGACGUAAGCAGGUUUCCUUUUCGAUUGCAUGCUUUAUUACUUUUCAUAGAGCACCUCUUUUUGUAAGAUAUUAAUAUUAAUAUUAUACUCGUACCUUGUAUUUUUAAUUAACUGUUUUUAGUUAAAAUUAUAAAAUAUGAUAUGGGGUAACUUUUUAGGACGUGGGGAAUAUUUUAGUUUAGUUAUUCAAUGAAUAAACAUGCCUUAUGAAAAAAUUUGUUUAGUAGUGAAAAAACAACUCAUUAUAAUUGGAAACAAAACUAAGAAAACUUUUAUUUUAGUUCGUUUAAUUUCUAUUUUUUUC